AUGAACCCCCCCUACUGCGAGCUCGCGCGCGCCUCUGCCCCUGCUGCUGCACUUGCUGCUGCUGCGCCCGCGCCCCUCCUGGCGAGCCUCGUCGCUGUUCCUACUGCUGCCGCGGCUUGCGGCGCGCCGUCGCCUGACCCGUGCUGCAUCCGUCCCGUCGUGCCGCGCGCCCCCUGUCGCCAGCCCCGCACGCUGACUGCCUCGCCGCGCCACCGCGACCGCUCGCCGCCCCUGCUCCCCUCUGCUGAUCUGCUCCGCCGCGCCGCCUCGCUCCCACCGGCCGCAAGCCGCCGGAGCCCUCACACCGCACGGCCCCUCCUGCCUCCCCCCACGGCGCUCACCUGCGCCCCGGCCGGUGCCCGGGGCCAGCUGGGUUGCGCCCGCCUCCAGCGCCCGGGCGCCCGCUAG